CAAAACACUUAGUGAAAAUUUUCAUUUUCCGGCUCCACUAUUUCCAGCCCCUCCUCCCCUUCUCUCUGUCUCUCUAUUGUCAGAUUCCGACGUAGUUGGUGGGAAAAAUGGGUAGCAGCCAGGCGGCAGUUUCGUUCUUGACCAACAUAGCCCGUGCCGCCUUUGGUUUGGGUAUCGGCGCCAUCAUCCUCAACUCCUCCCUCUACAUUGUCGACGGAGGGCAGCGGGCUGUCCUCUUCAACCAGUUCCGUGGUGUCAUCGAUGACACCAUUGGAGAGGGUACUCACUUCCUCAUCCCUUGGCUCCAGAAGCCCUUCAUCUUUGACAUCCAUACCCUUCUCCACACUUUCUCCUCCAUCUCUGGCACCAAGGAUCUCUAGAUGGUCAACCUCACUCUCCGGGUCCUCUCCUGACCCGAGGUCUCCCGCCCCCUAUUUUUUGAGCAGAAACUUCUCAAGGUUUCCACCUGACAGUUUCAUUGGAAAUCCACUGUUAAGAGGGAACUGGCUAGGUUCAAUAAGUAGUCUUGGUACUUCAAAAUUCAAAGCAAUAUUCUCCAGGACUGCUGUGGUUUGCUUAAUACUAGGCUUCAUGAUGCUACUGUCCAUGGCCACCUUGGAACUAGGAAAACUCUGCUUGCAAAAGCUAUAGCUGGUGAAGCAGGUCUUCCAUUUUUUGCAGCCAAUGGGAAUGACUUUUUGGAGACUUUUUGCUUAUGACUGGAUUGGCUGCAGUUGUGGUAGCUGGAGCAUAUAUAUGUAGGCUAGAUACUUUCAAGUUUGUGCACAUGAGAAUCUUUCAGGGAUUUGCUACGUUAGUUGUUACUAACUUUUAGUUCAACAAAUUAUAUUUAAACAUUGAAUUUUGCUUUUCGAUUACUA